AUGCUUGAUGCUAGAGUUUGGAAUGACUUAAAAGUUCUGGACAUUUUCUCUUUUGGUUAUACGCAGGAUAAUGUGUUUGUUAAUGUGGUUGCAUCUGUGCAAUAUCGUGCCAUGGCUGAGAAAGCAGCUGAUGCCUUCUAUAGGCUCAGCAACACGAGGGAACAAAUCCAGUCAUACGUUUUUGACGUUAUCAGGGCCAGUGUGCCAAAGUUGGAGUUGGAUGCUGCCUUUGAGCAGAAGAAUGAGAUAGCAAGAGCUGUCGAACAGGAGCUUGGAAAGGCCAUGUCAACUUACGGGUAUGAGAUAGUCCAGACCCUCAUUGUUGAUAUAGAGCCUGAUCGUAAUGUCAAGAGAGCUAUGAACGAGAUCAAUGCAGCUGCUAGACUGAGGAUGGCUGCUACUGACAAAGCUGAAGCAGAGAAAAUAUUACAAAUAAAGAAAGCUGAGGGAGAAGCAGAGUCCAAAUAUCUGUCAGGACUUGGAAUAGCUCGCCAGCGUCAGGCCAUUGUGGAUGGACUAAGGGACAGUGUGCUUGCAUUCUCUGAGAAUGUACCUGGGACAACAGCUAAAGAUGUCAUGGAUAUGGUGCUUGUGACUCAAUACUUUGACACAAUAAAGGAGAUUGGGGCAUCUUCAAAGUCCUCAUCUGUUUUCAUACCACAUGGCCCUGGUGCUGUGAAGGACAUUGCUGUUCAGAUCCGGGAUGGUCUCCUUCAGGCCAAUGCUUCCACAAUCUAA